AUGGCAAGUGUUCUGGUGUUUGUUAUUUCCUCCUUUCUGCUGUCACUUUCUGUUAGCCCUUGGCAGGGCUGGCAGUUAUCAUUUUUUGGUACUGAAUCCAGAGUGAAACAGCAGGAACUUAAGACAAAGAGACAAACCAUGGAUUCAGUAUUUGUGCCUGAAAAUGGCUACCUUGAUUUACUGCACAGUGAUAUUGAUCCAUUGCAUCUGUGUACUUUCUUUGAUCCUAAGUUACCUGGAGAUGAAGAAGGUGACUUCUCUACAGAUCUUGAAGUUGAUGCCAGCAACUAUGAACAGUUAAAUAAUGUGGAUUUCCCAUAUGAAAAUGGAGAUGGCUUCUACCCCUGUUCCAACACCAUGGAUGCUUAUGCUAAAAUCGCUGAAUUAGUAGAAUAUGUGCUCAAGGAUCAGCAGGAGAAGCAGGUCGAAGACAUUUUUGCAGGGAACCUUAUUUUGGAUGACAUUGCUGCUGAAAACACUGAGAAAUUUCCUGACAUAAAGAUGCAGACAUGUCUUAAACGAACUUUCUUAGGCUCUGCAGCAGAGGGUUACUGUGAUGUUUCAGAACCCAAAUAUAAGAAAAUUGCAGAAGCCCCUGCAGUGUCUGCAGGGAAUGGCAGUUUCUUUGCUAUGCCUCUCAACAGCCACCCAGUGAGCUGCACCUCCCUAACUAACCAGCACAUGUCCUUUUCUGCUCCUGCUGCCCAUGGGCUGGAAAGAAACCUCAUAAUUCCUGGAUUGUCAGAACCUUUGACCUCAGAGUGUCUACCAGCCAGUGUGAAGGAGUACCAAGAGAAUCAAAACUUGGCAAGUGCUCCUCAGCAGAUAUUUAACUUUGUUCUUGAAAAUAGCACAUCUGAUGUUAUAGUAUAUCCAGUGCUGGCAUCUUCUAUGGAAACAUUCAUGUCUCCAAAUUUUCCAGUUAAUUUAUGUGCACAACAAACGUAUGCCACAAGCCCCGGAAUUCCAGAUGCAGCAGCAGACGAAUUAGCAUAUUUAGAGACAUUUCAAGAAGAUUCCAUAAUUCCUUCUGAAGAACCUUUCAAAAGACCAGAGCAAGUGGAAACCUUCUGUUCGUCACUUAAAGAUUAUUUCCGAGACACGUGCAAAUCUGUGACCAUGGAGCGGGAAGUAAAUCUGGAUCACCUGUUCAUUGAUGGGACACUUGUUCAAACUCAAACUGAAACAAAGACUGGAAAGAAUAGUGCAAAAGCAAUGGAAAAGGAGCUGGUAACCUGCAGCCUGCAAGAGAAGGAAAAGACAGCCAUUGAUAGAAGCCAGAUAUUUCAAAUCCCACAACGUAAAGACUUAGAGACUAAAGUGAUUGUGGUUCUGGGUAAAGCAGGAAUGGGCAAAAGCAUUCUGGUUCAGAAGAUCUGCCAGGACUGGUCCAGUGGAGAGUUUUCUCAGUUUGAAUUUGUAUUUUGGUUUGACUGCAAACAAAUAAGCUUGCCUGAGAAACGAUACAGCCUGAAGGAACUGCUGCUUGAAUUUUUUGUAAAACCUCAAGAGGGAAGCAAAGAGAUCUUUGAGUAUAUAUUGCAAAAUCCUGCUAAAGUCCUUCUGAUUUUUGAUGGGUUUAAAGGAUUGCAUGAUCAUGAGAAUUUUCCUCGCUGCUCAGCCAGCCAGCCUGAAAAGGAUUUGUGCAGUACAAAGGAGCUGCUUUCAGGACUCAUCCAAAAGAAGUUACUCAAUGGUUGUACUUUAUUAUUUACAGCAAGACCAAAAGACAAACUGUACCAGUAUGCAUCCAAAGUGGAUAAGACUAUUGAAAUAGUAGGAUUUUCCUCUCAGCAGAGAGAAUUGUACAUAACCAAAUAUUUUGAAGAAUCACCCUACUGUGAUAGUGCACUGAAAUUAAUCAAAGAGCAUGAGUACUUGUUCAGUCAUUGUUACAGCCCUGUUAUGUGUAGAUUUGUUUGUUUUCUCUGUGAGGCAGUGCUUGAAAUGGGGGAGAAAAGUCUUCCUUCAACUCUUACUGAAGUCUUCCUAAAAUUUUUUAAGCAGAAGAUAAUGCUUAUGCAAACAGAUGUUACAACCACACAAAAUCAAGAGAGUCUUGCUACCCUAGCCCGUAUAGCCUGGUGUCUUGGAGAAAAGCACCAAAGUGCCAUGAAAAGUGAUCUUCUUCCUUCUAAGGAAGUUAAAGAGUUUGCUCUGAAGUAUGGGUUUGUCCUGCCAUUUGCAUUUCCCAGACAUUCAGAUAGUGAAGAAGAGGAAUUUGGGAGCACAUUCUCUGAUUUUGUCAUUCAGAAUUUCUUGUGUGCACUCCACCUUUUGUUAGCAGAAGAACUCAAGGAUAAAAAUCUAACAAAGUACCUGUCUUUUCUAUCCAAGAAGAAAAAACCUUAUAACUGGUUAGAUUUGAUGCCUCGAUUUUUGGUUGGUUUGAUGUUUCUCCAGGAUGACCUCUAUUUGGGCUCUCUUUCAAAUGUGGAUGCAAAACAGUCAACCAAGAAACAGAAGACACUCUUGAAAUACAUUAGAAGGCUGCAGAUUAAUACUCUCUGUCCAGAGAGGCUGCUGGAGCUUUUUCAUUGUGUUUAUGAAACACAGAACAAUUACCUUCUGCAGCAUGUGGCCUUAAGACUCGAACCAGACUUGUCUUUUCUGGGCAUAGUUCUUAUACCACCUGAUGUCUAUGUACUGCUCUCUAUUUUGAAAAGGUCAAGAAAAGAGUUUUCCUUGGAUUUGCGAAACAGCAGCAUUGACAUGCAAGGGCUGCAAGCCUUGGUCAGCCUAAGGAACGUGACAUCAUUCAGGGCUUCCCUCAGUGACACAGUCAGGCUCUGGAAAUCUUUAGAACAGACAAAAGAAUAUGAACUGCUGAAAGCAUCCACAGAAAAAUUUGUUCUUGAUCCCUUUAAGGCAAAGACAAUGAAGGACAUCAGCGACCUCUCUGACCUUGUAGAGAUGCAGAAGAUGAUGAAUUGUGCUCAAGAAGCAUCUGGUUGCACCAGCUAUGAAAUUCCUGCCAUUAGAAACCUCAGAAAACUCGAAUUUGCGCUGGGUCCAGCAUUUGGCCUCCAAGGAUUGCUAAAACUCGUGAAAAUUCUCGCAGCAUUUCCAUCACUUCAGCAUUUAGACCUUGAUGCUCUGAGUGAAAAUGGCAUAGGAGAUGAAGGAGCAAAGAGUCUAUCUGAAGUCUUUCCAACCCUGACAUCACUGGAAACAUUAAAUUUAUCACAGAAUAAAAUAACAGAUCUGGGUGCAGAGAACCUCGCUACCGCUCUCCCUUCCUUGUCUUCCUUAAAAACACUAAGCUUGUACAAUAAUAACAUUUGUGAUUUUGGAGCAGAAAAUCUGGCAAAGGCUCUUCCUGCAAUGACAUCUUUAAGAGUGCUAGAUGUUCAGUAUAACAAAAUAACUGGUGUUGGAGCCCAGCAGCUGACGGACAGCCUACGAAAAUGUCCCCAUAUAAAGAACUUGGUGAUGUGGAAUCCCACCAUUCCCUAUGGAGUUCUUGAACACCUUCACCAGCUGGACUCCAGGAUCAGUGUGUAGAUUCAGAGGAUUCCAAAGAGGUGUCAUAAAGAAGAGGGGAAGGUCUCCUCUGUGCUUUCCUGUCUUCUUGCUGCUUUAUGAAUCAGUGUUUUCAUGUUUGUUGCAAAAAUAUCACAUUUAAGUUUCCAAGCUAUGCUAAAAUGGGGUGAAUGAUAGAGUUUUAAAAUGCUAUUCAAAGACCCAACUGUAUUUCUACUUAAGUGGUAGAAGAGUUAAGCAACAUCAAGCUUCAAAGAUGAAAAGAGCAUCUGGAUACUGUGACCACCAAUAAAAAAGACCAGGAACCACCAGGAUAUUGUGAGUAUAAAAUUCCAUCAUCAAGUCAUGGAAGUGUAAACUGAAAGCUGCUUAAAUUGCAACAUCUGAAGCACUGACAGAUCAAAUCUGUUUGUUUCAUGGUGCCAGAGGUAACUGCCAUCAGAUUUGGUCUGAUGAUUUUGGACUUUCAAAGAUCAAAGUUACAGAUUUCACCUAUCUGUAUGGACUGAUUGGAAGCACUAGGGUGAGGAGCAUAAAAAAGAAUCAUCGAGCCCUAGAAAACGUUCUGAUAUUAUAAGAUUAUCCACAAGAAUCUAAAAGUUGCUCUUUUCUUCAUAAUAAUCAGUGAAUCUAGAAAUUGCUCUUUUCUUCAUAAUAAUCAGUGAAUCUAGAAAUUGCUCUUUUCUUCACUAGUAACCAGUGCUGCCUGAAGGGACAGAAACAUAUCUUCUAUGACUUGUUACAGAAUCUGUCAAAAAGAUUGGUGGGUGGGAACAAAGAAGACAAGAAUUGAAAGUGAAAACUAUGAAAGAUUUUUCUAACAUUAUUGUAGAAAUCCAAAUGGAUAAAAAUAGCCAGUUUAUUGCACACAAAUCCUCAAACAAUCUUUGAAGGUUUUUACUUUGUCUCAAAUGAGAACUUUAAAUUCAUAUACCUGGAUUGGUAAUUUCUUAAAUGCAGCUGGCAGCAUAAAUGUUUACAAGCACCAAUUUUAUACUUGACAGUGAUAUCACUACUAUGUGUGGUUUAUGUGACCUUCUGGUACAGAGUUAUGAGUAACCAGGCAAUCAGACAAAAGCACAUCUCAAAGCACUAUCAUGUCUAUGCUGCUGGUCUCAGUCAUAUGUGGGCCAAAUAUGCAUCCUGCUGAGUGCAACAGCAAAUCAAUUGUCUCUUUUAUUCUUUUAUUUCUGCUCUGUGAACAUGAAGAGAACUUAAAAUUGUGCAAAGGCAAUUGUCAGGUCAGGAGCACCAUUCUGGUUUCCUGUCCAGAUACAGUCUGAGACAGAACCACAAAAAGGGAUGGAAAAACCUAGGAAUGCUCAAAAUGCUACAAAUUGGGAAGUUUAUACUUCACAGUUAGCUCAGGGUUAGUUCAACCACCUCUUUGAAAUCUGUUCUGCUAGGAAGCACUGAUAAUACUGACCCAAGGAUCUGUGCAAACUAGAAUGUCUCAACUAACCUCUCAAAUACUCUGUUUCUUGGUCUUUAAAAACUCCCAUAUUUAAACAGUUCAGACCCACAACAUUCAUUUUCUUUCCAACAAAUUUUACUCCUCUGCUUAAGUUUCAAUGCCUGCAGAUUCUUGACAUCAGGUAUGUGGACAAAUUAAAGACAGUGGACAAAUUAAAGAAAGAAGGGAGGAAGGAAUAUUUGUUCAUUGUUUCUGACAGCAGGGAAUCACAGAACAUGUGAAGGAACAGAGAGCAAGGUGGGAAAACACUGUGGAGAAUAUAAUUGUAAUUAGAAUGUGGCAUUUCUGUUAACUAUCUGCAUGGUUCUGGUCUCUAACCAAACUCUAGCCAGAGCCAUGGACAAAAAAAUUUUAUUUAUUCUCUCCUCUUUGAGCUGCUUGAAUGAGAGGGAGUUUGAGCCAAAUCUGGUGUGAUAUUCCCAUCAGCCUGCAGCACUCCAGCCAUGCACAUCCAUGGUAAGCCCUUCUCUUGGCUUCUCUUAACAAAGCUUUGGAUGACAAAUGCCCCUUUAGGGAUAUAUUCUGCAGCUGCACUUUACCGUGACUGAGUCUGAGAAUGUGCUAAAUAUUCCAAAGGCAGCUGAAUGUUACAGGAUGCUGUCUAGACUGCUAAAAUCAUGUUUGGUGUACUGCAGUUCUCUGAGUUAGUGGGAGAUGUAUA